AUGUUGGAUUAUGAGAAUCAAAUGUUUGUGGAAAUACUCCAUGAAGAUGGAUUGGUUAUUACUGCAAAGUAAUUGUAUAACUUAUGUAUUAUAUAAAAUACAUUUCUCUUAUUUUGUUUCUCACUCUUAUAUAUAAAGAGAUAAUAUAUAUAGAUAAUAAGAUAUGUAUUAUGAUUUUUUAGGGGUCUUGGUAUAGAAACUGUAUUUGCAAAUAUAUUAAAAGUUUACACAGAUCCUGGAAAUUUAGUUCUAGUUCUAGGAACUACAAACCACGAUGAAGAAUAUUUUAUUGAUUUUUUAAAAAGUCAAGGACUUCAACAAUUACCUCGGGUUAUAUCUUCCGAUUAUAAUUCUGAUAAAAGGGAAGGAAUAUAUUUGGAAGGUGGUGUGUUAUUUAUGUCGGGACGAAUUCUUAUAGUAGAUUUCAUAAAAAAAAGAGUUCCAUUGAAUUUAAUUACUGGAAUUCUUGUAUACAGAGCACAUAAUAUCUUAAAAUCAUAUCAAGAAGCAUUCGCUCUUCGUUUAUACAGACAGGAAAACAAAAUUGGUUUUAUUAAAGCUUUUACUAAUUCAGCAUUAGGAUUUACCGUUGGAUUUAUGCAAAUAGAACGAGUAAUGAAGACUUUAUUUGUUAAAAACUUAUAUUUAUGGCCGCGUUUUCAUACGCUUGUAAAUAAUUGUUUAGAACAACAUAAGGCCGAUGUUAUUGAACUACACAUAAAAAUUACACCAAAAAUGUUAAACAUUCAAACUUCUCUACUUGAUGUAAUGAAUUAUAUUAUAAAAGAAUUAAAAAGACUUAAUAAAUACUUGGAUUUAGAUGAUUUAACUGUUGAAAAUGCAAUAACCAAAAAAUUCCAUAAACAAUUACAGUCACAGUUAGAUCCUGUUUGGCAUCAACUUAGUUCUACUUCAAAACAAUUAAUAUCUGAUGUAAAAAUGUUACGUGCUCUUCUCGCGUGUUUAACGUAUGAAGAUUCUGUAUCAUUUUAUGCAAUGUUAAAUCGUUUACGUACUAUGGAAUAUGCUGUAAAAAAUAGUGGUUGGUUAAUGUUAGAUUCUGUAGAUUUCUUAUUUAAAAAUGCAAAAGAUAGAGUUUAUAACAAAAGAAAUGAAUUAAAACCUGAAGCUACUCCAAAAUGGACUGCUUUAACAGAAAUAUUACUUGAAAUUCAAAAUGACAGUAAAAAAAAGGAUGAUGAAAAUGUUGAAAAAAUCCUUAUUUUAGUACAUGAUCGUAAUAUUUGUUAUCAAUUAAGAAAUUAUUUAACUAUGGGUGCCAAUGAAUAUUUACUUUACGAAGCAUUGAAGAAACUUUCUCAUAAAAAAAUCGAAGAACCAAUUGAAAAGAAUGUAGAGGAAGAAUCCAUAUCUACAGAAAAUACGGAACGGAAUACAAAUGAAGAACAGGAUGCUUAUGUACUAACAUUAUCUCAAAAAGUCAUAGAAAGUCAAUCUGAUUCAGCAACUGAAAGUAAUAAACAUCAGACUUUAUUUGAAGAUUGCUCACAAAUUGCAGAUUUGGAUUUAACCAACAUAAAUACAAAUACACCAGUUGUUUUGAUACAGUCUUUAAAAAAAGGUGGCGAUCCAAUGGCAUUGCAACGCGCUUUAAUAGAACAUAUGCCAACCAAUAUCAUUAUGUAUGUGGCGGACACCUCUGCUGUACGACAAAUUGAAGUUUAUCAAAAUAAUAAUCCAUCAAUAGAUUUAAAAGUAUAUUUCCUAAUCUAUGAGGGUUCAGUGGAAGAACAAGAAUACCUUACGUCUUUACGACAAGAAAAAGAAGCAUUUCAUCAGUUAAUUAAUGCUAAAACUACAAUGGUUAUUCCUGAUGACCAAGAUGGAAAAACUGAAGAUUGUUUAAGUCUUGCAAUACAUACAUCUGAUGCAGAUGAUGAAACGAGUACACGUAAAGGUGGAUCAUCAAAAAAAUCUGAAAUUUCUAGUACUGUUAUAGUUGACAUGAGAGAAUUUAGAAGUGAACUACCUGCUAUACUUUAUACACGAGGCAUAAAAGUUGAACCUAUAACGUUACAGGUUGGAGAUUACAUUUUGUCGCCAGAUAUUUGCGUCGAAAGGAAAAGUAUUUCUGAUUUAAUUGGUUCCUUAAAUAGUGGAAGAUUAUACAGUCAAGCUAUUGCUAUGACAAGACAUUAUAGCAAACCAAUGCUUCUAAUAGAAUUUGAUCCAAAUAAACCAUUUUGUUUUCAAGGAUAUUAUUAUGCUAGCAAAGAUAUUCAAAAUAGUUUUAUUACUUCAAAACUGCAACUUUUAACUUUGCAUUUUCCUCGUUUGAAACUUGUAUGGUCACCUGGGCCGCAUGCAACGGCACAAUUAUUCGAAGAAUUAAAACAAGGAAAAGAUCAACCAGAUGCAGUAAAAGCUGCACAAAUUGGAAUUGAAGAAAAUAAGGAAAUAGUAGAUAAAUACAAUCCUCGAAUUCAAGAUUUUAUUUCAAAAUUACCUGGAGUUACAACAAAAAAUUUACAUUUGAUUUUAAGUAAAGGACAAUCAUUAGAUCAUUUAAAUAAACUCACUAAAGAAGAACUUAGCGAAUUGCUUGGAAAUAAAAUCGAGGCAGAAAUGUUAUUCAACGCGUUUCACGAAAAAAUUUCUUCAGCUGAAGAAAAAUCUAACGCAAAUAAAAAAAAAACAACUAAAGGCCAUGGAAAGAAAACUCUUAAUUUCUAAAUACCUGGUUCAUAGUCACUUGAAAGACAAUAGAGACCAUUUAAAUACCGUUCAACCAUCAAAAGCGAUACAGUAUCGCGAACAUCCACCCUAUCCACAAUAUUAUCUAACCAUGAUGUAA